AUGGUGCUUUGUGGUCAAGCAUAUCUGAACAAUGUAAGUUCAGGGGUCUUCACGAGUGCACUUGAUAUCGGGAAGGUGAUGUCCAAUGGAAUGUUAAGAUUACUUGUUGGUGCCGCGCUUUUGGUUUUUGUUAUUAUUUUCCUAUUUUCUGUUUUACCUAAUUAUGCAGCAACUACAAGUGAUGAAACAGACAUGCAGUGGAGUUAUUCUGUUAUAAUAGAUGCAGGUUCCACAGGAUCUCGUCUUUUUUUGUACAAAUAUCGCAGUGUAAAUGAUGAAGAGUUGAUUGAUAUUAAACCAGUUGUAGAUAAACUGUCCUUACGUCCUGUUGUUAAAAAAGUCACACCUGGAUUGUCAUCGUUCCGAAAUAAGCCUCAAGCUGCUGCUAUUUAUAUUAAACCUCUUUUGGAUUAUGUUAUCGAGUUUAUUCCAGUAAACAAGCGCUCUUAUACAUCUCUUUUUAUAUUUGCCACUGCUGGAAUGCGUUUACUUCCCAUAAAAGAACAGAAUGGAAUAUUACAAAAUCUUCAUCAGAAUCUACCGUCUUUAACAAGUGUGCAAAUUGUUCCAGAGCAUAUUAAGGUUAUUGAAGGAAAAUGGGAAGGUAUUUAUUCCUGGGUUGCUGUAAAUUAUAUCUUGGGCAGAUUCACUCGUAACAGAACACUUUUGCGGCAACCUACUGUGGGUAUAAUUGAUAUGGGUGGAGCAUCAACGCAAAUCGCAGUUGAAUUAAAUGUAACAAGCGAAAACAUUGGUACAACUGUGGAGACCAUCAAUUUAGGUUGGAAAGAUAACGAUCAGACUUACAGUUAUCGACUGUUUGUGACAACAUUUCUUGGUUAUGGUGUCAAUGAAGCUCUUCGGAAGUAUGAACAGAAAUUAAGCAAUGAUUUGAUAGAAGAAAAUUCAAAUAAGUCGUAUGUAAGAGAUCCAUGUUUGCCAGUUAAUUUGUUGAAAGUAGUGACGAGAAAUGAUGGUACGCAAUUUAGUCGAAAAGGUGUUGGCGAUUGGGAUAUUUGUGUGAAAAACUUGACGUCUUUGUUAACAAGCACUGUAGUCAAUUCUGACUGUUAUUCACUGAAGUGUUUUCUUGGUCUCGUUCGUGCGCCUUCUAUUUCUUUAUCUGAUGUCGAGUUGUAUGGAUUCAGUGAAUAUUGGUUUUCUCUAGAUAAUGUUUUAUCUGUGGGUGGCUCGUAUGAUUUUAACAGGAUUUCAUCAAAAUCACGUGAAUUUUGUCGUAUGAAGUGGUCUACAAUACUAAUGAAGUAUCGAAAUAAUUUAUACCCAAAAGCAGAUGACGAUAGGCUUAGAUCACAGUGUUUUAAGUCAGCUUGGAUAACAGCUAUUCUUCAUGAAGGCUUCUCUUUAAGUAAAACUCACAAUCAUUUUCGUUCCGUUUUUGAUGUUGACGGACAAGAAUUACACUGGGCCUUGGGUGUUCUUCUGUAUCAUAUGAGAUAUUUUCCUCUUCGUGAAACUGUGCAGCAAAAGUUGCUGCAUUCUAACCACCGAAUAGUUAUUACGCGAAUUCCAGCAUACUGGAUGGGGUCAUUAUACUUACUUCUUGGUUUUACAUUAUGGCUCUUAUUUAAAGUCGCUAAAAGAAGAUACAUGAGGCGCGACCCAUCUGUAUGGGGAUAUAUGAUGUUGUCGCAAGAUCAGCUAUACCUGCAGCCUUAA